UCACAAAUAAAAAAAUCAAAACAAACAUGAGUUUAUUAAAAAAGGGCCUUUGUGGGGCCCUCAGAAACCUAAAAUGCAUAAGAAAAUACAGUAAUAACCUCUACGAGCCUGAUUAUUUAGAGGGCAUGAAAUCCAAAAUCCCCCUGUACGACACCCUCAAUAUCCAACUAAGAGGCUACGAUUAUCCAGUCCUGGAAAGCUACCAAAAGUACCUACACAACCUUAUAAAAAACAUGGACAUAAAUGUGGAAGAUUGCUGGGCAGUACCGCCUCAACAUUUACAUAUAUCCACCUACAAACCUCAAAGCGAACUAAUAGAUUCCCAAUACAAACUCAAACUAUACGACCGCACUGUGCAAAUAACUGAUAUUUCAUCUAUACAGCUACCAAUUUUAUACAGGGUUUUAGAAGCUACAAUACCUGUAGGCGUUACCGUACAAGUGGUACCUCAUGAAGAGUACCACGAAGAGAACCGGUACGUGCCUGAUAGCGAACUGAACAAGUUAAAGGGAGAGUUGGAGGAAAUGGGUGGACCAGCUAAGAAAAAAUCAUAGGGGAAAUAAUGUUUAUUUAACAAUAAUUGUAUUAUAAAUACUGAUUAAUAAAUAAAAGUAAAAAAAAUCUCUUGUUGGACUAGUCACUAUUGUCUCAUGACGUCAUCUGUAUGCCUCAACAUAAUGCACAUCUUCACAAGGCACCCCAGAUGCGUCAUCAGGCAACCUAUCAAGGUUUUUGACUAGAAAAAUUUUGAAUGAUUGUUUUUACCUUAAAAACUAAAACCCAAUAGUUUGAAAUUGAAAAUUAUACAGUGGUUCAAGUCAAAUUUAUCUUGUAAGACGAAUAAACAGAGCCUUAGAACACUGUGCCUUGUAAAAGAAAGAGAAAAUCACAGAAAAGUGUGCAAAAAUUACUUAAAUUUAAUUGCCUAAAAUAUCAUAGCAAGGCUUGCAAACUGGUACCGCCUUUUGGGCAGUAUGUCCGGGCAGUACUACCUGUUUCGUGAUGCAUCUCAUGCAGAAAAUGUCGCCGCAUUUGCGACAAUAGUUCUAUAAAACACAAAAAAUUGUCAGUACUCGCUUACCUUGUUAUUGGAAUCAAACCUUUUUGCUGAGAUGAUCAAAGGCCGAAGAACAACUGCACUCGCUUAUAUUUCUCAUUGUUUUCCAAUCUAUGGCUACUGAGUCAAAUUCUUUGGAUAAGUCUUCCAUUUGUGGUGAGUCUUUGUUGUCAAUAAUUAUUUUAUCACCUAAAAAAUGUUGUGGUUUGUCUAAUGAGUUUUGAGCCAGGAAAAUUUUACUUUUCAAAGGAUGAUCGUGAUCAGCACUUUCCAAUUCCUUAUUGUACAUCAGCUUAUUGUCCAAAUGGACAUUAUUGCAAAGUUCCACCUUGUUGGGUUUUGAUGUUUUCUUUUCCAUUGAUUUUGUCAGCAUGUUUUUGACUGAAG